GAUGAAUGACCUUUUGGAAUUCUUGCGUACACAUGAGGAGGCAUUCCGUAGGUAUAUGACCCAGUCAACCCUCUGUGCGCCAAACAGAACACGACUAAUGUCAAUACCANGUCGCAACCGCCUUCAAUCUCUCUACUCGGAUUUCCGCCUACAAAAGACGUCAAAUCCGGAUGGAUACCAAGCAAAUUCUCGAGCAUGGAUGCGUGGUCUGACUGCCGCCGCACGCGCUGGCCGAUUACCGCCUGCCUCCACAACAACCGGGCAGCCAAGUCACGUCGUUUUUGGGAGUGGUGAAGACCUAUCGCGCGCCUUGAACUCUCAGCAAUGGGGUCGGCCUUUGGCUCUCGGUGCUGUUAUACAAGAUGCUGUCGAUAGACGCGAAUUCAUUCCUCUGGACGAUUUUCUGAAUGCGACCAAGAGUGUCUAUGCAAAGAGUUGGAUCCCUUCACCAUGGCAGGUCGUGAGCUGGGGUCUCAAGCAAGUUGGAGUUGCGUCGCUUUUUGGUGCAUCAGACAAACUAUCAGUCGGCAAUCUGGUCGUCGUGGCCAAUGUUGAGUCAACGACAUCCCUCAUCUUCUCCCGCUCUCUCUUCGAGUCAGAAUUCGCUUACGUCCUCGACCCGACUCAACAUCCCGAGGCUGCCUUGAGCACCACCGACUUUGAAAUCCUCCUCCGCUACCUAUCUCGCGACAAACCCUACCUCUCGUUUACUUCCUCGACCAUCAAGCUGAAGUCCACCUCCGAGUCCACACCCCAACCCAUCACCCAACAAGACACCGACAUCGCAAACCUACGUACCUUGAUCAAGGCCCUGGAAACACAAGUUUCAGCCCUGACAGACCGAAUCACAACCCUGGACAUUUCAGCCCGCGAAGCCGUGGCCGNNCAAAACGCACCAUUCAAGCCAAAUCCGCCCUCCGCAGCAAAAAAACUCGCAGAAACCACUUUACACACCCGCAGUGCCACGUUAUCACAAUUGGAGGAAACGUAUACUGCUAUUCAGACCGCUGCAGAUCAAGUCGCUAUAGUAUCCGCCAUGUCUGCUUCUGCAAACGUACUGAAGAGUUUACACGCAGAAGUUGGUGGCACAGAAGGUGUGGAAGAAGUUGUGGAUCGCUUGAGAGACGAGAUGGAGAAUGUGGACGAAGUCGGCCGUAUCAUCAACGAAGCCAACACCUCAAAAGUCGACGAAGAAGACGUGGACGAAGAGUUUGCGACUAUGGAAAGGAUGGAAAGAGAAAAGAGGGAACAGGAAGAAGCGGCCAAGACUGCAGCAAGAUUGGCAGAAUUGGAGGGUUUGGAGAAGGAAAGGAAAGAGAAAGAGGCGGAAUCCAGGGAGGAGCCGCAGAGACAGAUGCAGCCGGAAGCUGCA